AUGUAUAAUUAGAGAUUAAGAUUCUUAGCCUCAGCAGUACUAUAAGAGCAGGCCUAAUAAAUACAAAAUUCAGAAAGAAAGCUCAACCAAUAAGAAAAUUAUAUAAUUUACAAUAUUAUAUAAUUAUCUGAAAAUGCUAACAUUAAAGUAGAAAUUGAAAAGCUGGUAAUUGAAUUUCAAAGUUUGCUUAUUUAGAAGUAUCUGAAGGAGUAAUUAUUUUAUACUAAAAAGAGCAAUAUCGCACCUUUUAAUCUAAUUAGACCAUAUUUUUUUAUCAUACUAAUUUGAAAGUUAACCAGAUGAUAUAAAAUGUUACAUCUCAACAAUUAAGUACUUGUCAUCGUUUGUUUCAAAUAUUCCCAGUUUCUCUUUGUUUUUGGAAGAGCUCAAUAAUUGCUUAUAAUAUUAAACAUUUGAUUAUAUGAAGACUGUUGCAAAGAGAGCUUUAAAGUUAAUGAAAUUUCAAUAAUUAUUGUGUUACUACAUGGAUUAAUUUUAAAAACAGAGAGGAAUAGAUUUAAAUAAAUACUAUAAUUUAUAAGGAUUUUUGAAAAUAUAUAAGGGUUACGGGAAAAUCAAAUUUGCAUUUAAAAAGUAAAAAAAAUAGCUUAAAAGUCAUAAUACACAUAGCUAAUCUUCAAUUUCUACUACAUACUCCGUCCCAUACCCAGUAACUCCUUAACCUUAAAUUGUAGGAUAUCAUAAUCAAUUCUAAUAACCUUAUAGUACAAUUACAAUGUAUUAAUUAGAGAGUUGCGCAUCUCUAACUUCUCCAACAUCCUUAAUACAACCUUAACCUCAAAUUGAUAGUUAUUCACAUUUAGAAUCUUACUCUUUGUAGGGUGGCUAAAAUUUUUAGGGUCAACCAGAAUAUGGAAUAUCUGUAAUCUAAUAACCGAGUAUUCCUUAAUAAUGGUCAACUUAUGAAUACAUACCCAUGCCUCAAAGCUAUAAUAGCGGUAUGAACUAAGCAUAUUCACCAAACGAACACUAUUAAAAAAACUAUUAGUUUUAGAAUAUGCCUUAAUAAUAAUAAUAAUAAUAAUAAUAGUAAAAAUAGUAAUAAUAAUACUAAUAAAAAUAGUAAUAGUAAUAAGUUUAAUAAAUCCAAUACAAUUAAUAUACAUAAAACUAAUAACAACCAAUCUAAUAAGGGUAAAAUGUUCCUCUUCCAUAAUUUCAUCAUACUGAGUAAGACAAUUUUAAACUUCAAUAAAUGCUAAAUAACAUGUAAUUCUGUUAAGAAGAUGCAACUAAAUAAGUAGCCAUGACAGAUUCAGUUUUUUAAUAAUCUUUAUCAGAAAUAUCAGAAGUUUAGGAUAAGAGUGUAUAACAAUUUGGUUUUACCUCAUUCAGACCAGAUACGAAGCAAUUAGAUGAUGCAUCAUUUCAAGAAUAAAUUAAUUAAAGGAUAGAAGAAAAAUAGGAAUAAGCUAAGUAAAAUGUUAGAGAGUAAUAAAUUAUACAAAAGGAUGUUGGCUAAGGGAAAUAAAUUAAAUAAGUUAUUAAUUAAGAAGGAUCAAUUCUUUAAAGGGAUGACGGUUUAAAAUUUAAAAUUUUGGAGUAGUCAGAAUUUGAGGAACUAGUUAUUAAUAAAGCAAAAAUAACCCAAAACCUUUUGGAUCCUGAAACGAAUUAGUAGGUCUUUUCAACUUAACUAUCGCAAUUCAUUUUAGGUAAUAGUAACCAGCAUGAUUUGGAAGCAAUUUCAUUAUUAGAGAGAUUUUUGGAGAAAAAGUAAAGUUAAUUUGAGAGAGACGAUUAAAAGAAGUAAAUUUUAUAACUUCUUGAUUUUUGA